AUGAGAAAUACCACGCUCGUUCUUUUAGCGUUGGCUGGCUUGUUCCUGGACAUGCGCAUGGCUGCGAAGACGGCUGGGGACUCAGUGGCGCCCAUCGAUAGACACAAGACAGCAGAAAGGAUCAGACUAGAUGCACUUGGCGGAUCUGCGCCGGCGGGACAAAGAAUACUCGAUUUGAUCAAAUACAAGCUAAUUUGCAUGGAGCCUGUCAGGAUGUGGGUCACUCGAAGACUGCUGGGCACUACAGGGCAGGACAAGACAUGUGACGAAGCAAUGUCUUUCGAGCUCAUCAUGAAGGAUAACCCGAGGAACGACGACUUUCGAAGUGAUCCCAGCACGUGA